AUAAAAGCGAAUAAUAUAUAUUUAAGUCCCAAAGGCAAAACCAAAAACCAGGAGAGUCGUAACGCAAGUCCAAACCCGUAAAACAAGCGGCGCUUUUCUCUGCUCCGACACGACAACAAAUCCAACAUCGGAGCUUAGGGGAGAGAGAGAAUCGUUGUAAAAAAUGUCGAACAUAGACAUAGAAGGGAUACUGAAGGAGCUACCUAACGAUGGGAGGAUCCCAAAGACCAAGAUCGUUUGCACUCUGGGACCAGCUUCUCGCACUGUCCCCAUGAUCGAAAAGCUUCUCCGAGCCGGUAUGAACGUGGCUCGCUUCAACUUCUCUCAUGGAAGCCACGAAUACCACCAGGACACACUCAACAACCUCCGCACCGCCAUGCAGAACACCGGCAUUCUCGCUGCUGUCAUGCUCGACACUAAGGGACCUGAGAUUCGUACUGGUUUCUUGAAAGAUGGGAACCCUAUACAACUAAAGGAAGGGCAGGAGAUCACCAUCACCACCGACUACGACAUUCAAGGAGACGAGUCAACUAUCUCCAUGAGCUACAAGAAGCUUCCCUUGGACGUUCAGCCCGGAAACACCAUACUGUGUGCAGAUGGAAGCAUAAGUCUAGCUGUGGUGUCGUGCGAUCCCGAGUCUGGAACCGUUAGGUGCAGGUGUGAGAACACUGCAAUGCUUGGGGAAAGAAAGAACGUGAAUCUUCCCGGUGUUGUUGUUGAUCUUCCCACCUUGACGGACAAGGAUAUUGAAGAUAUUCUCGGCUGGGGUGUUCCGAACGGAAUCGAUAUGAUUGCGCUUUCGUUUGUCCGUAAAGGCUCGGAUCUUGUUAAUGUCCGGAGGGUUCUUGGUUCUCAUGCUAAAAGCAUAAUGUUGAUGUCUAAGGUUGAGAACCAGGAAGGAGUUGUUAACUUUGAUGAGAUACUGCGCGAAACAGACGCGUUCAUGGUUGCUCGUGGUGAUCUCGGGAUGGAGAUUCCGAUAGAGAAGAUUUUCUUGGCUCAGAAGCUGAUGAUCUACAAGUGCAACCUCGCUGGCAAACCAGUGGUCACAGCCACUCAGAUGCUGGAGUCAAUGAUCAAAUCACCAAGGCCAACUCGCGCCGAAGCCACUGACGUUGCAAACGCCGUUCUCGACGGCACGGACUGCGUGAUGCUCAGCGGAGAGAGCGCGGCGGGAGCUUAUCCGGAGAUAGCCGUGAAAGUGAUGGCUAAGAUCUGCAUUGAAGCUGAAAGCUCGCUUGAUUACAACACGAUCUUCAAGGAGAUGAUCAGAGCAACUCCUCUUCCUAUGAGUCCGCUUGAGAGUCUUGCAUCGUCAGCUGUAAGGACUGCUAACAAAGCGCAUGCGAAACUCAUUAUUGUGUUGACGCGUGGAGGCUCAACGGCCAACCUUGUGGCUAAAUACAGGCCUGCUGUUCCGAUCCUGUCGGUGGUUGUUCCGGUUAUGACGACAGAUAACUUUGACUGGAGUUGUAGCGACGAGUCGCCUGCGAGGCACAGUCUGAUAUACAGAGGGUUGAUCCCUCUGUUGGCUGAAGGAUCCGCAAAGGCCACUGAUAGCGAGUCUACUGAAGUUAUCAUUGAAGCUGCUUUGAAGUCAGCUACACAGAGAGGGCUGUGCAACGUUGGUGAUGCAGUCGUGGCGCUGCACCGUAUUGGAGCUGCCUCGGUUAUUAAGAUCUGUUUGGUGAAGUAAGAUUCCAAACUUGCUUUUUUUUUAAAUUAAAAUAUUGGCUCCUGAUGAUUGUUGGUAAUCAUAACUGAGUUAGUUUUCGUUGCAUGAAAUAAAGAAAAACAGUGAAAUGUUAAAACAUUUCUUUCCCUUUUUUUCUCUUUCCCUUAUGGCUCAGUGCCUACUUUGAUGUAUAACAUUGUUACUCUUCAUAAGCUUUGCUUAUAAAAGAUUAAGGUUUAAAGGGGUUA